AUGGGGGAUUCUUGUUCAAAUUCGAAAAGAGUGAAGCUUCGGGAUGGGAGAUUCUUAGCUUAUGUAGAAGAAGGAGUUCCAAAAGAGGAAGCUAAACACAAGAUCAUUAUUGUUCAUGGCUUUGGAUGCUCCAAAAAUAUGAACUUCCCUGCCUCAAAAGAGCUGAUAGAAGAGCUUGGGGUGUAUUUUCUAAUCCACGACCGUUCUGGAUAUGGAGAAUCGGAUUCAAAGGCGAAACGUUCGGUGAAAAGCGAAGUUGAUGACAUAGCAGAACUUGCUGAUCAGUUGGAGAUAGGACCUAAGUUUUACCUUAUUGGAAUCUCCAUGGGAUCCUACCCUGCUUGGGGUUGCCUUAAACACAUUCCUCACAGGCUAUCCGGCGUGGCUUUUGUUGCUCCGACGGUGAAUUAUCAGUGGCCAUCGCUUCCUGAGAAGCUUAUCAAGAAAGAUUACAGGAGAGUUUUUAUCAAAUGGUGUUUGUGGAUAUCGGAACAUGCACCUGGACUGUUACAUUAUUGGCUUAUUCAAAUGCUCUUCUUAACAACUAUUACUAUCAUUAAAGGCGCUGCUUUCUAUUUCAAUAGCCACGACUUGGAUGUGCUCGAGCGACCAACCGGUUUUCCCAUGGUUAAGGAUAAGCAACAGUUAAAAAUUGUCUUCGAUACUAUAAGGGACGAUUUUGUGGCUUGUUUCGAGAAAUGGGAUUUCGAACCAGCGGAUAUAAGCAUUAGUGAAGAGAGCUCUGUUCACAUCUGGCAUGGGAAGGAAGACAAACUAGUUCCAGCUCAACUUCAAAGAUGCAUUCUUGAGAAGCAACCUUUGAUCAACUACCAUGAAGUCCCCGAUGGGGGCCAUCUGAUCGGGGUCUACAAUGGCAUUUGCGAUGCGGUUCUAUAUGCCCUAUUGCUCGGGGAAGUAAGAAAAUCUUUAUAA